GAUGCGCUCGGCGGCCGCCCUGGGCAGUCGCGGUGCGGCGGGGCCGGCGGCGACGCGCCCUGUGCGGGCUGAAGGCCGUGGGCCCCCGCCGUCGAACCCCGGGGGGGCCGCACCGAGGACUCCCGGUAGCGGCGGGCCAUGCCGGGAUCCUCGCCCGGCGGCUCCCCGGAGAGGGAGGCGGGGACCGGACGGCGGCCGCGGGAGCCCGGCCGGGGCAGGCGGGUGCGGUUCCACCUGCCCCACGCCGCCAUCGCGCUGCCGUCGGUGCACGAGGAGGAGCGGCCCUUCUACCGGCGGCUGGAGGCGCUGGCGGCCCCGGGCCCUGGCGGCUUCGGGCCGCUCUUCACGGCCGACGGUUGGAGCGAUCUGACAGAGGACCGGCUGCUGCGGAAGCGCGUGGUGCGAGACGGUCAGGGCGGGCCACAGCCGGGGCCGGGCCAGGAGGUGUCAGUGAAGGUGCUGGGCGCCCUGGAGGACGGCGGGCUGGUGGAGCGGGACCCGCGGCUCACCUUCGUGCCGGGCCAUGGCGACGUCGUGCAGGUCAGCCCCGGCCAGGACGCGGGGCGGGCUGAACGCUGCCCGGUACCGCGCCCGGCCAGCCCGUCGUGCCCGCGUCCACAGGCCCUGGAGCUGGGCGUCCCCACCAUGCAGCCCGGGGAGGUCUCCUUCUUCCUUGCCGCUUUUCCAUAUGGUUACGGCCGCUCGGGCAGGGAGCCCGACGUGCCGCCCGAGGCGCCGCUGCUGUUCGAGGUGACGCUGCUGGAGGUGCGGGACGACCCCGACAAGCAGACGCUGCCGCCCGCCACCCGCCUGCGCCUGGGCUCGCAGCGGAGGGAGCGGGGCAACUUCCACUUCACACGGGGCGACUUCAUGGCGGCGCUGCGCUCCUACCGCCUGGCCCUGCGCGCCCUGGACGGGCCCGUCGCUGCUCCCCCCGGGCCGGAGGAGGAAGAGGAGCUGCGGGAGCAGCGGGUCAAGUGCUUCAACAACUGCGCGGCCGCCGAGCUGAAGCUGCAGCGGCCGGACGAAGCGCUGGCGGCCUGCGAGGCGGCUCUGAGCAUCAGCCCGGACAACGGCCGGGCGCUGCUCCGGCGGGGGCAGCUGCUGGCACAGCAGGGCCGGGAUGCGGAGGCCACAGCCGUCCUGAGGAGAGCCCUGGAGCUGGACCCGGCCAACAAGGUGAUCCACGCCGAGCUGUCGCAGCUGGUGAAGCGCCGGAGCCCCGCGGCCCUCGUCGCCCCCCAGGAACCCCACCACGACCCGAUGCCGACGCCAAGCCCUGGGACCCUGGCACCGCCCGCGGCGGAAGGAACGGCCUGAGCGGCCCCGCGCCGGCCCGGAGCCGGCCCGGAGGAGCCGCCCCGCCGAGGAUGGAGGCGGGGCUGCCGGUGGCCCGGGCCAGGGGCCGCAGCGGCUCCGGGCAUCGGACUGAGGAGAGGAGAAAGCACCGACUCCGCCGCGCCGUGCCGCGCCGUGCCGUGCCGUGCCGUGCCGUCCCUGUCC